GGACCCUUUGUUCGUAUUUGCCGUCGGCUUUUACCUCAUUAAUCGAUUAAAAAAUUGAGCACAACAUCGCGGCGUACGCGCGUGUCCCUACUAUAACGCAAUUAAUCUCAUCACCGUGUCUUAUAAGGCAUCCACGUUUUUGCAAGCUAAGUUUUAUCUCUAUCAGAUCUACGAAAUUGUGAUCACCGAUCGAUUAAGAUUUUAUGUUUACUACUACACGCAUGUUUGACGCGAAGCGUUCUCGUGUAAGCGAAGUCCCGUUCAAAAGUGAAUGCAGUCGCGAAACUCGGCUAACAAACUUCCCCUCCACAUUCUAACAUGCUACGCCAAUGACUAUCAAUGACGAUCACUUGUACGUUUCGCUACACGAUACGUAUAUGCGAGUACACACACCGCUAGCUCGGUUAGUCGUCGUCCGCCCGCGACUUGAAGCACCUGACCACGCUGAGCGUAUUCCUCCUCUUUUCUAUUUUUCCCUUCCCUUCUUAUUCUUCUAUUUCUUUGCGAACUACUCGCGACCAAGACGACUAUCAUCCUCGUUAGAAACGUGCUCGUAGUAGACGAGACCGAACGGGCGCCGGCGAAUCGAUCAGUGCGCGUCCUGUUCGCUCCAAGUCAUGGGACUGCACGAGGUGGUGAUCGCGGGUCUAUCCGUAAUUGUCGGCGCCUAUCUGCUAACAGGAAACCGCCGACGCUUCGUUUACUUGCUCUACAAGACAUUGCCCAGAGACGUGUUGGGUGCCUACAGGUUCGUCCGUGUUAAUGUUCUGCUAUGGUGGUGGGAAACACGAGGGUUCACGGUGGCAAAGAUAUUUACGAGGCACGCCACCACUAAUCCUGAUAAAAUUGCUUUCAUCUUCGAGGACAAAGAAUGGACGUAUCGAAAGCUAGAAGAAUACAGCAAUCAACUGGGACGUUAUUUUCGCAAGAAAUCCUUAUCUCGCGGGGAUAGCGUUGGUUUGAUCAUGGAAAGUCGACCAGAAUACGUGGGAACGUGGUUGGGUCUUAGCAAAGCUGGCUUUGUCGGUGCACUUUUGAACACGAACCUUUGUGGAGAUGUUUUAGUGCACAGCAUCAAGGCAGCCAAUUGUAAGGCUGUUAUUUUUGGAUCGGAGUUCAAAGAAGUGAUUCGUGAAAUUAGGGAGAAAAUUCCAGAGGUGGCUUUGUACCAGUGGUCGGAUCUGUCAGACACCCCUUGUCUCGAAGGAGCGAUCGAUCUGAAAACGGAAAUCACCAGCAUCGAUCCGAGCCCUCUCGUGUACGACCUUGCUCGAGGUACUCCCCGGGAUAAAUUGAUUUACAUUUACACCUCGGGUACCACUGGGAUGCCGAAGGCUGCUGUUAUCACUAAUUUAAGGUAUAUGUUAAUGUCUUGUGGCGUGAACUCGAUGCUCAGUUUACGAUCAACCGAUAGGAUUUACAAUUCUUUGCCGCUUUAUCACACAGCUGGUGGGCUGAUCGGAGUGGGUCAAACAUUGUUGAAGGGUAUCACCGUCGUUCUUCGUAGACGAUUUAGUGCUUCAAAGUUCUGGCCAGAUUGCGUCCAUUACGAAUGCACAGUCGCACAGUAUAUCGGAGAAAUCUGUAGAUAUCUGCUCACCGUACCUCCAGGUCCCUGUGAUACCACGCACAAGGUUCGACUGAUGUUUGGAAACGGCCUUAGGCCCCAAAUUUGGAAACCUUUUAUAGAAAGAUUCGGCGUGAAGCAAGUCGGCGAAUUUUAUGGCGCCACUGAAGGAAACUCGAAUCUUGUGAAUAUUGAUAACAAGAUUGGAGCAGUAGGAUUUGUUCCACUGUUUGCUGGUUCAUUGUACCCUGUAGCAUUAUUAAGGGUUGAUGAGGAGACUGGAGAACCAUUAAGGGGACCAGAUGGUCUCUGCAUACGUUGUAAACCUGGAGAAUCAGGUAUCUUUGUAGGUAAAAUCAAUCCAAAGAGGGUACUCAAUGACUUUUCCGGAUAUGCAGAUACAAAAGCUUCUGAACAAAAGAUUCUUCGCGAUGUGUUCAAGAAGGAUGAUCGUGCUUUUAAUUCUGGUGAUAUUUUGGUCAUGGACGAGAUGGGGUACUUUUAUUUCAAGGACAGGACUGGUGACACCUUCAGGUGGCAUGGAGAAAACGUAGCAACUUCAGAAGUCGAAGGUGUAGUUAGCAAUGUGAUUGGUCUGAAAGACGCAGUCGUUUAUGGGGUCGAGGUACCUGGAGCCGAAGGUAAGGCUGGAAUGGCAGCUAUUUACGACCCAGAUUAUAGUCUGAACAUCAAAGAAAUGGCAGAAGGUGUGAAAAAGGCUCUGCCAUCAUACGCCAGGCCUCUUUUCGUUCGAGUUUUAUCAGAACUACCGAUGACUGGCACGUUUAAGUUGAAGAAGAAAGAUCUUCAACGCGAUGGUUUCAAUAUCAACAAGAUCACUGAUCCGGUUUACUUCUUGGAUCGUUCUGGAGAGUACGUGAAACUUACGGAACAAAUUUACAACACUAUCCUCGAAGGGAAGGCUAAGUUGUAAAGACUGCUACCUGAGUAUUUUAAACAAGAAGCCUCGACGAAAGUAUGAUUCCGAAAACUGUUGUAAAAUUUCUAUUUAUUGACGAAAGAAAAUAGUGAAUUCGACCGGACUGCUUUUAAUCUUUUGUAAAAGUGUUCGCAUGUUUCCCGAAUCUCGAAGCUUUCACGAGGAACCAUGCAUUUAUAGAUAUUUUUACACGAUCCUUGAUACUCAUUUGAUUAGAGUAUAGAUUUAGCCAACGUAUUUUUUGUUUUUUCUUACAAAUCUUCGCAAGAAACGUUCGAGUCUCAAAAGGAAAUUGAAACGUCAAAUUUGUAACUCUAUCGUAGGUUUAUUUUAUAUGAUAUUAUAUAGAACAUCAGAAUUCUUAGAGAUCAAGACUUUGGUAAAUUAUUUUGUAAGAAGGAAGACGACGACGGUGCGCGCGAACGAACGACCUCGACCCUGUAAUGUAACGUUUGCGUAUGUAAAACGAAAUGACAUGUCAUAGUUUAAUAAAUCGUUCUCGUUAAGAGAAAAAGAAA